AUGCACAUCAGCGACAUUCAGCAUCAACGAAUCGGAUCAACCUUGCACCAGCUACUGGCGUUCAGUCGGGACACCGAUACACCUGACCCAAGCAACAUCUCGCGUAGCCUUAGCGCUUUACAGGUGAACCAUUGCAAGAUCGCUCAGGUGAAGGGUUGCUACGGAUCAUAUUAUGGGUCUCAGGCCUACCAUGGUGUCUUGGCCUUCUCACAGGCCGCUGCCGUUGGGCACGUUCCUGAACUUGUCGACCUGGCUGUUUCAGCACGUAAAUUGAAGGUUCGACUGGAAGAACUUGCCUCCCAAGGAUACAUCGGCGUCAUGGUCGAGAUGGUCUCUUCUCGUAAAGGCAAUCCCCUACCUGCGAAACAUUGGGCAAAGCUUGCAACCCAGUGCCGCAAAACAGGUCUCGGUCUUAUCGUAGAUGAAGCAGUGACCGCCGUGAGAUGCGGAGCACCUUUUGCCUUUCAGCGUCCAGAGUAUAAAGCUCACCAACCCGACUUUGUACUGUUCGGAAAGGCCCUCCGUGUUGCUGGCCUGGCAUUGAACCCGUCUGGAGCAACGCUGGGAAACCUCGGGCUCACGAAAGACGAUCUUGUGACCUUCUGCGAGAACCAUCUCGACCGCCAAGCGUCGAAUGUCGUCUACAUGCCGGCGAUACUGGAGUCUCUUGCGGUAGUUCGUUUUGCCAAGCAAAAUAAGCUUCCCGAGCGAGCGCAGCGGAUUGGAUCGAUGCUGAGAACGCUCCUCCUCGACUUUGGUCUCAAAAGCAAGAUCAAAGGUCUAGACUCGCUGAUUUAUAUCCCCAGAACUAAGAUACUUUCUCCUCUCGGUGUCGUCAGUGCGGCUGCUGGAAACUCUCUUACACGCUGGUUUCCCUACCUGGAUGUCGGGAUGGAGAACAGUGAGCGAGUGAAAUCUCUGCUGAAUCCCGAAUAUGCAGAGGAGAGAUAUAUAUACUACCAAACGAUGGCGAAGGAAAUCUGCGUCGAAUGCGGCGACAUGCCUGUACCCGGCGAUGGAGGGGCUUGCAAGACUUGCUCUGGGUGCUAUUGUGGUGGUUGUUGGGAUAAACCUUCCCACAAGGCGAAUUGUCGGAGCGCUAGCAAGACGUCCUGA